AAAGUCACUGACACUGUUAAAUUUUACAGUUGCUUGGAUUUUUGUAGCGAAUUCUAAACACAAACAAAAUAACUUUUUAUUUGUAAUAAUUUGCUCAAUUAAGCUAAGUAGACUGAAUAAAUAUGCGUCCCAAACUAAGCAUAAGAGACGAAGUGGAACAACUAUUCGAGAAGAAGUUCCAAUACCAAAAGCCAAAAACCGGCGCCUGGCAGCUGCCCUUGCAGGAGCCGCUCUUCAGCGAAUUCUAUCAAUAUGAGUCGCUGCAGAAUCUCAAGGAGCAGCUGAACGGAGUCAAAAGCAAGCUCAACAAUUAUGGGGUACAGGAGUGGAGUACACACACCAACAGGCGGGAUCCGUCCGGCGAGAUAUCCUGGCGUCUCAAAAAUGAAACCAAAGCGGAAUUUGUCACAGUUGCCUGGUGCAAGUUUUUCGAGUGCCUGCAUCGUUAUCCACUGGUCAAACAGCCGCAACUAAAUACUUUGCACCUGUGCGAGGCACCUGGCGCUUUUAUAGCAGCUCUGAAUCAUUACCUGCAUUCGGUUUACAAACACGACGAGGUAAAGUGGCGCUGGCGAUCGACAACCUUGAAUCCUUACUACGAGGGCAAUGCGUUAAAUGAAAUGAUAACCGAUGAUCGCUUCAUAUUUCACACCUUGGACAAUUGGCUCUUUCACAAGGAUCUCACUGGCAACCUGCUCAAUGUCGACAACAUCGAACAUAUGACGAAACGCUGCGCUGAGGAUUUGCUGGACGAGGUGCACUUGAUUACAGCCGAUGGAUCUAUCGAUUGUUCCGCACAGCCCGAUUGCCAGGAGGAGCUAGUAGCGCGUCUAUUCGUUGCAGAGAUAAUCAGUGCCCUGAACAUACUCAAAGACGGCGGCAAUUUCGUGAUUAAAAUGUUUACGCUCUUCGAGGCGUGCAGCGUAUCGCUAAUCUAUUUGCUGAACUGCAUAUUCCGUGCUGUGCACAUCUACAAGCCGGCGACCUCGAAGCGCGGCAAUUCGGAAGUCUAUGUCAUCUGUAUGGACUACCAGAAACAGACUCCGGGAUUGCCGCGCAUCCUGCAAGCGAUGCGUGUUAAGCUGGCCCAGUCCAGCGAUACAAUGGUCCUCCCACUGUUUAGUAAAGCGCAAAUACCCAGUGAUUUUGUGAUGCAACACGAAAUCGGGUGUCGUCUCUAUUUGAAGCUGCAGCAGGAGGCAAUCGAGGGCAGCAUUUACGCCUACGAGACGAAGGACCGCUACUACUUGCGUCAUUUGCAUCAGUUGCGCGGCGUUGUCUCGUCCAUGUAUUACAAUCGCUACAAGGUGCGUCCGCUGGCCGAUGAGCUGUGCAUCGUCAAGCAAGAGGAUAUUAAUCAGGCCCUGGGUUACUCGGUGCCCGUUUAUGGUGGCUCGUACACGGAACGCGAGAAUCUGCGUCAGGGCGAUCUGCUCAAGCAAAUCUACUGCCUGAGACGCGAAUUCAAUCAGCUCGAAAAGUGUCCAACUGGCAAAAGUAGUUAUAAGCACAAGCAGCAUCGUGUCGGCUCCCUUCAAAUGCAGCUGUCCAAGGGUGCAGCUGUGCAAGAGCUGCAGAGCAGCCUCUUUGCAUCGGAACCGAUACUGUUGCUGCGUUUGCGAAUUCUGGACAUCUUCGAGCUGGAUCCGCUGUGGCAAACGGCGCCCAAAUGCUUGUUCUUCGAUGGCAGCAACAACUCUAAGACACUUGAUUACGCACCCUCGAGCGAAGGGAAUGAGUCAACAUUUCAUGUGGUUCAGCGACGGUUUUUUGUCACGCUGGUUGAGUCACUGCUGGCAGCGCGGCCAGCGAAAAUCGUCUUCCAGAACUUUACGUUUCUCACACAUUAUGCGGCAUCGGUGCUGCUCUUCCUUGCUGAAAUAAUCUACGAGCACACCGAAUUCGAUCAGCACAUAACAUUGAGUGGCUGCCACAAGAACAAUGAUGCCACAGAGCAGCUGCAGCAACUGCAAAAAUUUUUGAGCGAUGAUCUCGGCGAUGCGGAUGAAGCUAUUCAUAGCGUGCUGCAUCUGCGCGAGCUGCAGAAAAAUGCGUUUAGCAAUGCCCUAAUCCUGCACAACAAUAGCAUUCUCUUGGAAUGCUUCCGCCGCAUGCUCGGCGAGGAUUCGUUCCCCAGGCGGAUGAGCGUCGAGCAGACACAAAUCGUCCAAGACAUUAAGGAGACUACAACGAUCGUGUGCUAAUUGCAUCCAAUAUAUAGAAAAUAUGUAUAAUUUUUAUAUAAAAUAUUUAAAAAUUACAAAAUAAUUUGCUGGGAUUUGGAAGAUUCCAGUAGUUGAAAACAGAAGAUAUUAAAAAUUGUUUCUAAAAAAGAGACUUGAAUACC